AUGGCGCAGGGUGGUGACAUCACCCAGGGCAACGGCAUGGGGGGAGAGUCCAUCUACGGGGAGACCUUUGAGGUGCGCACCCCAGCUCGCGCCGCCGCGCCCUGCGCUGCAUGCCGCACAGCGCCUCAGGACGAGACGUUCCAGGGGACCCACUCCGGCCGCGGCGUGUUGGCAAUGGCCAACGCCGGCCCCGACACAAACGGCUCCCAAUUCUACAUCACGUUCGGCCCCCAGCCGCACCUAGACGGGAAGCACGUCGUGUUUGGGCAGGUGGAGGCCGGCUGGGACGCGCUGGCGCUGCUGGAGGGGCUCGGCUCCAACGGCGGCGAGCCGGGCGAGAGGGUCGUUAUUUCGGACUGCGGGGAGGUCGAUCUGGCGGCCGACCCCGAGGAUCUGAUUGAGGCCUUCAGGCAGCAGCAGACGGCUGCGGAUCAGGAGCAGCAGGAGCAGGAGCAGGAGCAGCAGCAGGAGCAGCAGCGGCAGCAGGAGGAGCUGCAGCAGCAGCAAGGCGCGGCGGCGUGA